AUGAUAAAUACAAGAAGAGGCUUAAAAUCGUCAAAAAAAUCUUCACUAAUUGUACUGUAUAAUGAUAAUCCUGAUCUAAAAACGUUAAUUGUGCAAAGCCUUCGUGACGACAGUCAACUUCAAAACGAUUUGCGUGAUUUAUUACUUAAAAAUAGCAAUGACUUUAAUUCAUAUAUUGAAACGCUGGCCACACGAAUUGUUUUACCCAUCGAAAAAUAUAUUGAUCAACGUUUUUAUCGUCGCUCAUGA